AUGUCUGAUUACAGUUUACCGGAUAAUUUCUACACCACACUAAGUGAAAAAUACCAACAAGCACAAGAUAAUAAGGAUGUUUUGUUCAACGGAGAUGCCGUAGUGAAUGAGAUUGAGCUGAUUCCAAUCGGGGACAAAAAGGCAAACAUUCAAUUAACGAUGUUGACCUCCUUGAUGCACAGACCAGAAAAGGGUGAUGAGAAAUCAAAUCCUUUUGAAAAACCUGAACCGGAACUCACAAUUCUUGAUAAGUACGGACCGGAUCAUCAGUUUAGACUAGUGUUUAAUAAGUAUCCGGUUGUAUCCAAGCAUUUCUUGUUGGUCACUCGAGAAUUCAAACACCAGAACACACCGCUCUCUGAAGCGGAACUUUUUGCGUCGUAUAGUGUUUUGCGUGAGCUAGCUAAGCAGAGUCCAACUGAAGAAGACUGGUUUGCCUUUUACAAUUGUGGUCCCGAGAGUGGCGCAUCACAACCGCACAAGCACGUACAAUUCAUGGUAACACCUUCAAGAGGCAAGUUCAAAUCCUAUGCUGAUCUAAUCUCAUAUAAUCAUUCUGUUCCUGCAGAUUCUCAAAAGCCAUUGCAAGAUAAAAAUAUUCCUUUCGCUCAUUACUUGAUUCGUUUGAAUGAGAAGGACGUUGACGAAGAGGCUUUAGCAACUGCAUUCGUUUCACUUUUCCAGCACUCGAUGAAUGUACUCAAAGAGAACAACCAGAACCACGUCUCCUUCAACUUCAUCAUGACUUCGAAUUACAUGCUCAUGGUUCCGCGAUCUUGUGCAAAAUUUGAGGACAAAUUGGGGAUUAAUGCUUGCGGAGUAUACGGUCUUAUAUUAUGCAAAAACCAAGAACUAUUUGACAUGGUCAAAGAAAUCGGUCCAUUAGAGGUUUUGCAAAAGGUGUGUUUACCAAAUGCCUCUGACCUUCACGUAGACGAGUAUAGCUACUAA